GUUCUGCUAAAACCACCAUUUUUUCCGUUUAAAUGUACGCCGCGUGUAUAUGCCACUCCUUUUUACCUAGUAGUCAGCUGUUUAAGUGUAAAGUUGGUGAAAAUGAAAUUAACGCAUGCAGUGAAUCCAGUGAAUGUCUGAGUUGGUGGUGUGGUGGCGUAAUCGGGCAAUUUGUCCUGUUAUCCUGGACUUUGUCUUGACUCCUGAUUUUGGCGGGGGUGUGGUCCGUCUGGUUUCUACAGUGGUCGGUGCAGGUGGUGAAGCGGUGAAGGCAGUGAAGAUCAGAGAAGUUAUCGUCUUCUGACUCUCAGACUGUGCAUGUUGCGUUAACAAAAUGGCAGGUGUUUCGAGGUUAACUAUAUCCGUAUUUUCAGUCGCGUUGGUAAUUACCGUCGGUGAAUUGUUCGUUAACCCAGCAAAUUCUCCAUCGCAUAGCAAAGAAAUCCCAUCGACAAGAUUGGGUGUUAAUUCUUAUAUAGGACCUACCUUGAAGUUCUUAUAUUGUUACUCAUGAGGAUAUCGAGCACUCUUUGAACAGUAUGCAACAAUUCUACGUCAAAAAUAUCCUGAAAUCCUUAUUGAAGGCGAUCUCUAUCCUCCUCCCAAUUACAAUGCCAUGUUGGCUCAAGCCGUAGGUGUUGCCAAAAUACUGUUCAUAGUGUGUAUCCUCAGUGGAGCCAAUUUAUUUAACUUCAUUGGUCAAGAGCAACCUGCUUGGUAUUUAUGGUGCAUAAAUAAUAAAAUUUAUUCCUGUAUGAUGGUAUUUUUUAUGUGUAAUGCUAUUGAAGGCCAGUUGGUAUCAACAGGUGCUUUCGAAAUUUCUUUUAAUGAUGUCCCAGUUUGGUCCAAGUUGGAAACUGGAAGAAUUCCACAACCACCUGAACUAUUCCAAAUAAUUGAUAAUCAUCUUAAUUUUCAGAAACAGAGGUGAAAUAAAAAGUGAUGUUUUUUAACCUGCUAAAUCACCGCAUUGCACUUCAAACCCUGUAUAUAAUUCUGCAUCUUAGUUCACUGUAGUAAGGGCCUCUAUGGUAAAGUAUGAUAGCAACUUCAUAAAGCAGUAAUAUGCUGCUGGAAGUCGCUGGAAGUUUAUUACCAGAGAAGAAAUUACUUCAGAGUUCCAAGGUGUUAGAAUAUUGUUGUGCAUAUAUUUAUUGUAGUUGUUUGUGGUAAUGGAGAGUUUAGAAAUAAAAUAUUUGUAUCAUUUUCUGCAUUACAUCUUAUUGUAGGAAAAAUUGUUUUGUGAAAUAUAUACAAUACUUGUGCAAGAUGUCAAUGUUUACAUUAUGACUUAUGAUCAUCUGUUCCAUAGAGAACAAUGUGUGCAUCACAAAUUAAAUUUAUAGCAUUAAUAUGAAUACAGUAAAAUCCUUUUAUUCCCAUAUACUCAAAUUUUUAGUGAUCCUUUCGCUUUCAAAAUUAGUUUCCUCCUAACUUUCACUCUUUUUCCCCUAUGCAAAUGCCAGAGAUGACCCUGGCAAGUAUUGUCCUGGGCAGUUUUUGCUUUAAAACCUAUUUUCAAAAUGGAAAUCCAGGUUGCAUUGUUUCAUAUAUUGCUGAUGCAUCUGUCAGUACGUAACUUAAGUAUGUACUUUACUUUCAAUUUCACUAUUGUCCUGGCUAGUGAAAACCCACAAUCUGCAAUUCUGCCAAACCUGGUGAUUUUUCCCUUUAUCGAUGCUCCCCCCCUCUUUUAGAUUAUUUAAUUUAGCUUUUUAUAUUCUUUCUAGAUACCGAAAUCAUUGAUUGGUAUCAAUAAGUCUUCAAAUUUAGAUGAGAAAUCUUGAAACGGAAUUAAGUUCCAAUAAUUGCAGUGAUUUUUCUUUAAAGGUUAAAUAUUAUCAAUGGACAUGGAUAAUGUAUGUAAACAUGCAUAAAUAAUUUCCCACAACUUAUGCAUCCCCCCCCCCCCUUCCGACUUGGGAGGAAAAAAGGUGGAGGGUUGUGGACUUUUGCUGUUUGAGUAAAAUUAAAAUUGAAGGUAAACACACUGGAUUUCAGAAAAUCGUGUGUGAACUAAUUCAACCGGA